AUGGGUCUGCCAAUUCAGGGCCUAUGGCGGUGUAUGGGAGUGAUUGUUGCAAGAGGGAGACUACAGCGGGUGCAGCAACCUUCUUUACUAGAUUCCGGUGAUGUACAACUUAUUGAUGUCCGGGAACCGGAUGAAUUAAUAGAAUAUGGAAAAAUACCGAAAUCUUUGAAUAUACCAUUGAGCCGACUAACUAAGAGUUUAAGCAUGAAUGAAUCAAAUUUUAUAGAGCAGUUUGGAAAGGAAAUGCCUAUGAAAUGGAAUAUUAACUUAAUUUUUCAUAGUAUGGGUCCAAUUAGAAGUAAAGCAGCUAUGAAGCUGGCCCACAAACUAGGAUUCUUGAAAGCCAGACAUUAUCCAGGUGGAUGGGAAGAAUGGUCUGAAAAGCAAGGACUUCCUUUGAAAAAAGAAUGA